GAAAGAAACACAAGACAACCACAAGAAACCCCAAAACUGCCACAAAAAGGUGCUAAAUGACAGAAAGAAAGACAGAGCGGUGCUUUUAUUUUGCUAACAGCCUGGAUGUCUAAGAGGUGAACAGACACCAGAGUUAUAAAGUAUUUUAACAGGUGCUAUUAAAGUGUUAAAAACAUCUGGAGAACAGGUGGAUUAUUGACUCUUUAUUUUGUGUUUUUUCCAAACAUCUGCUCCGACCUCAGAAAUGUAGCUGCGGUUUUAAACGGACACGAUUGUGUUACUGUGUGUGUGUGUGUGUGUGUGUGUAUAUCCAUGUGCGAAGCCACUUUCCUCCUCCACAUCCUGAAACCGCGAUUCCUUCUCUCCGGGGCUGUGAUGAAACUCCACUAAAAGUUCUGUGACUUAUUCUCUUUCCUUCUCGCCUGUGUUCUCUCUCCGUGCUGCUGCUGCUGCUGCUGCUGCUGUUUCGCUGCUGCGCUGUCUCCACUUACACUGUGACAUCACUGGAGUUUCCCUUCUGCAAGAGCUGCUGCAUAAAUACUACACGCUCUCUGGCACAACUUCAUUCUCAACACAACAGCACAGCAGAAGAAGAAGAAGAAGAAGUUGACGCUCCAAGGCUCUGACGCGGCGUCCAGACACACUUUAGUUCAUACGCUUAAAACAAAAAAGGACUUUUAAAGAGUAAAUCUCGCUGCUGGUGCAGAACAUGGCGGAGUAUAUGAGCACACCCUGUGACCUGGAGGCCGGUGCUGAGAAGAGGACGGUGGUGCUGGUGGAGAGGAGCCCGUCCGGAGGAGGAGGACGAGCAGGAGGCUGCAUGUGGAAGGCGCUGGGCGCCCUCUUCGUGGUGGGUCUGUGCUUCGGAGGCGUCCUGCUCUUUGCUUGGUGCUGGAACGGCCGGACAGAGAUGACGGCUGAGUUGGGUCACACCGAAGCACAAACCAAGAAGGACACAGAUGAGAAAACAAAUCCACACAAAACUGUGCAAGAACUCAGCAGCAAAUCCAAGGCAGCCAUCCACUUAGAAGGUGACUAUGACGAGGACAAGGACCACAUGGUGGUGUGGAGGAAGGACCAGGGCCAGGCCUUCGCUCAGGGCGGCUUCGAGCUGCAGUCCAACAAAAUCAUCAUCAUCCCAGACACGGGCCUGUACUUCGUGUACAGCCAGGCCUCGUUCCGCGUGCCCUGCGGCGAAGGCGCCCAACAACCCUUCUCCACGCCGCUCAGCCACCGGAUCUGGCGCUUCUCCGAGUCCCUGGGGGGGGAGGCGUCGCUGAUGAGCGCCGUGAGGUCGGCGUGCCAGAACACGGCCCAGAAGGACGGCUCCGGGCACGGCUGGUACAACGCCAUCUACCUGGGCGCCGUGUUCCAGCUCAACAAGGGAGAUAAGCUGUGGACGGAGACCAACCAGCUGGCAGGGCUGGAGACCGACGACGGCAAGACCUUCUUCGGUGUGUUUGCACUUUAAAAAAACCCACGUGGGGGGCGGGGUUGCACCUGCACAGGGCCAGGUCUCUGGCUUCUGUUCACUUUUUAAAGACUAUGCUUUCUUAUUUAUUUAAAUUCAUCCUCAUGGUGAUGAAGACGUGUUUAAAUCUCAAUGGAGAUAAAGAAAAACAACUAACUGUGCCAAACCUUUUUAAACUGUAACAGUUUAUUUCCUCUUAGGCACUUUUUUUAAAAAAUGUUUUGUUUUCUACAUAUUUAUGCUGACCUGAGAUUGUAGUAAGCUAAACUCUCUCUGCCGAAUCAGACGGAGUCUCUUCGCUGCAGAGUUCAAACUCCAGGACGGCGCACGAACCGUCGCCACUUAUUUAUUUAUAAUUUUUAUUUAUAUUUAUUUGUAUUUAAAUCGUUGGGUUUAGUUGUUAAAGAUGAUAUUUAUUCACUUUGUGCACAAAAUAAAAAAAAAACAAAAAACAAAAAAAAA